GUUAUAAGCUUUAAUGUAAUACGUAGUUCAAAAUAGUAAUGUAAAAUGUCGUUAAGAAACUGAUAUUUGUGUAAAGUUUGGUGAAAUAAAGCAACCUGUGAUGGUGUCCUAUUUAAAUUUAAUAAAUAAUUAUGUACGAAACUAGUAGCAAAAAUGCUCCCUCUGCCGACAACUGGUGUACUGUCAUUCUUCUCCAGUUUUAUAUUUACUAUGUCUUUAGAUAAGUUUGUAUGUAAAAGGAACCCCAACGUUUUCUUCAAGCUUAGGGUGAAAGAAUCGUACACAGUAUUGUCUGGUGUAUCUAUACUUAUAAACAAAGGGGUGUCCUAUCUUUUUGAUUCUUUAAAUUUAAUCGGCCCAAUGGGAAUUCCAAUUGCAAGACCGAUCGGCCCAACGGGAAAAUCCCAAACAAAACAUUAUUUUAGGAGACUAACUCACGAUGACAGUUACUUUUAAAUAAUUGCAAACUUAUAACUUUAUCACUGUGUAAUCUAACAAAUGAUAACACACUAUACGAUUUGCAGGUACAGUACUAACUCACUUUUAUACAAGUUUAGUCAAUACUCGCGCUCUUUAGUAACAAUAGUGUGCGUCACACAAAUGGGUGUAGUUAAAGAUUAUUUUAAAUAUCAACUACAAUGGCAAAUGUUUAUGUUGGAGCACGAAGAUGUUUCCGAUUUCUACUUGAGCCCCUUCCAAAGAAACCGAUCGGCUGUACCCUUGCUCUUUGUAAGAGCGAUCAUAUGCUUGGGGUGUGUUGGCAUAUUAAUAUCGUCUGUGAUAUAUGACAUCAUGCCGUUUGGCUAUUGGCCUAUAUUUUUAACACAUUGGGGAUUAAUUUUGAACACAAUUGAAGCCGCUUUCGGAGUUAUUGUGUCCGCAAGGGCGUAUCUACGUGGACCGAUCGAUGCAACAUUUGGACUUCCUCGAUACGUGAAAAUGUACUGGGCUAUGACUAACAUAGCAACUGUUGUGGCGUUUUUUAUUACCGUAUUUUACUGGUCAUUUCUAACUGGUGAAGUCGCUGAAGAUUCAGAUAUGAACAAGACAGUAAACGUGUUUGUACAUGCGGUGAACACGGUCUUAAUGCUAUCGAUGCUGCUGUCGUCGCGGCAGCCGCUGAACCUGCUCCACGUCUACCAGUCUGUCUCCGUGCCCCUCAUCUACCUCAUCUUUAGCCUCAUCUAUUACUACGCUGGUGGAACUAACCCACUUACGGGAGGCUCCUACAUAUACCCACCGCUGGACUGGUCGCAGCCUGGCAUUGCCUCAAUAACAGUAGUACUCUCUUUAGUCCUCUUGAUAGUUAUACAUGCAGUGUGUGUGUUGCUGACAUUCGGAAGAGAUGCUCUCGGUCGUCGAUUAUUGAGAGACAACAAAUAUCCCGUAACCAACGAUAGCUACGGAAACUUUAGGGCUCCGUAAGAUCUUUAAUGAAAGAAGAGAAAUUAGGAAGAAAUGAAACUACCUGUCUAACAAUUUUAAAGGUUUAACUGCUUAUAAUAGUAUUUUUUGAAAUAGGCUUUUACCGCGAGGAAAGUAAAUGUUUUGUUUUGUUGGAGAUUGUCUAGGUGUGUGUCGGGAAAAACUAUGUACUGUAUAACUCAUGA